UCGGAGGCUGCUGAGGUGCUCGGUGCGUCGUGUUUUUUCUCUUAAUAAUGUGUUAAAACUCAAAAACGCGGAUUGUUUUUGGAUAUUUGUGAAUUUGCGAUACUUUUACUGGGAUUUUGUGGAUAUACAGAGAUAUUUUGGUUGAUUUGUCAGUUAAAAAUAACAACUUCGCAUAGCUGGUGUGUCGGCGCGAGACCGAAGAUAUUCAAAUUUUAACGGACGUUUGUGUCAUGAAGUGUCCAACUUGAGGGCAGUUUUUGUGGAGGCUUUUGGUCGCUUCGGACAGGUAAACUGGUGUCCUGUGAGCCGGGGAGAUGGUGUCGGGUUGGUGACAGUGUUCCUGAGACAUUGGAGACGCUUUUAGGCUACUUGAGCUGUGUUUGAAGAAGCGACGAGAAAGGACGUAACACCUGAAAAGCCUGUCUGGACUGACCACACUUAUGGAUAACUACUAAUGGCAAAUGGAUCGAACCAUCUCUAAGCUUCCUGACUAGACAAUCAGCAUGAACAGUGGCAUCCAAGACUCGUGCCACCUUGUGCCGGCCGUUGGAGCCCCACUGCCCAUGCUGGCUCUUCGUUCCGGCCCCUAAUCCUGGUGGAAAUUGAGGGGUACGGGAACUGGAGUGGCGGGUGAAUGUGAGAAUGAGCACCGACUUGGAGCGUGUGUCGCUGAGCUCCUCGUCGGCCGGCUCGGUGGCCUCCAGCGCGCGAACGCUCUCGGCCAACGUCCGCAAGCUCCACGAUGCCCUCAACCUGCUUCUGAGUGACCCGGAGCGCGAGCAGUUUGUGCACUGCCUCAACGUCUACCAUGCCAAGCGCAACGUUUUCGACCUCGUCCAGACGCUCAGAGUGAUCCUCGAUGCGCCCAGUAAACGACAGCUGCUGCCCAUGUUGCGUCUGGUCAUCCCGCGUUCGGACCAGCUCCUGUUCGACCGGUACACCUCAGAGGGACUCUAUUUAAAGUCUGAUUUGCUAGCCACUAGAAAUGGAGAGCUUGAGACCGCCUCGAACUCCUCUCCCACAACACUAGCGAUUCUACCUACAUCUCACACAGCUCGGUAUGGUUCUCCCGAUAGUCUGAGCACCAGCAGUGAUGGGAAAACAGGACAAGCUCUGGUUCCGCUACUGGGCCGACAUUUCAUACCCGAGCCUCCAGGAGAGGUCAGACAGGUGACUCUGAAACGGCACAAGAGUAACGAGGGCUUGGGCUUCAGUAUCCGUGGUGGAUCUGAACACGGUGUUGGGAUCUUUGUGUCUCUGGUGGAACCGGGCUCGCUGGCCGAGAAAGAGGGACUGAGAGUUGGAGACCAGAUCCUCAAAGUAAAUGACAAGGUUUUUGACAGGGUCACUCAUGCAGAGGCGGUCAAGGUGCUGAAGGGCAGUAAAAAGCUGUGCAUGUCGGUGCGCUCCAUGGGCCGGAUCCCGGGUGGUUACGUCACCAAUCACGUCUACACGUGGGUGGAUCCGCAGGGGCGCAGCGUGUCCCCCCCGCCGGACCUGCUGGAGCACCGCAGUGCCACCCUGAACAGAAACCAAAGCCAACAACGCAGCCACAUGCAGCUCCUACAGGACGGAGACGAGAAGAAGGUGAAUCUGGUGCUGGACGACGGUCGUUCUCUUGGGUUGAUGAUCCGUGGUGGAGCCGAGUACGCUCUGGGGAUUUACAUCACCGGAGUGGAUGGGGGUUCAGCAGCAGAGUGUGGAGGACUGAAGGUAGGCGAUCAGAUCCUGGAGGUGAACGGGCGCAGCUUUUUGGGCAUUCCUCACGACGAAGCCGUGCGGGUACUCAAGUCCUCCCGGCACCUCAUGAUGACCGUGAAGGACGUGGGCAGACUGCCGCACGCCCGCACCGUGGUGGGCGAGACCAAGUGGAUUGCCAGCUCGCAGAUCACCGACAGUUCGGCCAACAGUAGCGUAGCAGGACUAUCGAUGGAUUUGGGCGCUUCAGCCUCAGGAAAGGCAGGUUUCUAUAAGGGUGUCGCAGGUUCUCAGGUGACUCUCUCCAGUCUGGUGAACCAGACGAGGGCCAUGCUAGACGAACACUCCCGUCACCUGCUCACUGAACCUGAGAGACAGACCAUGAGCUAUUACAUCCAGGAGUACCGUGACGGACACGUCGGAGUCGAACAGCUUGUUAUGGCUCUGUUCGAGCUGCUCAACACACACGCCAAGUUCUCGCUGCUGUCGGAGGUGCGGGGUCUGGUGAGCGCUCAGGAUCUGGAGUGCUUCGACGCGCUGGUGCUGAGGAGAGAGAUCGAAGCUCUGAAGGCCCGGCAAGGGACGACGGGGGCGGCAGGGCUCAACUCCGACACCUUUUCCAUGGUGUCCUACCCCGACACUUUGGCCUCGUCCUCGGGCAGCUACAUGACCAACACCACGCUCAGCUCGGCACGGAACGACAGCGCUGUGGAGAGUAACGGAGAGGACACCCAGGAGAGAAGAAACGCUCUCCCCGACGUCUCUCUGGAUGAGAUGGGGUCGAGCUCAGACACCCCACCCUCCUUCAAGCCCCCUCCUCCCCCUAGCGUACAGCGACGCCCCAGCCACAAACCCGCCCCUAGCAAACGCCCCACGUCUGACUCCUCCCAGUCCGGCCUGUACUUCACCGUCCCACUGCGUGUACCCGACAGAGACCGUAAAAGUUCCCCAAACCCCCCCAGGUCGCCCGCAAGUGUCCCAAAGAAAGCCGUCCCGGUAGCUCUGCUGUCUAUGGUGAACCAGCAUUCGAUCGGCCCUUUCCCGCGUGUUCAGUGUCCAGGCACAGCGAAGCCCCCUCCAGCCCCAGCGGUCCCUGCACCCCCACCCCCUGGCCCCCCUCCACCCUUGAGCCCAGAAAAAUCCAAAUCCAACCAGUCGUCGCCGACUUCUAAGCAGCAUUUCGUCACGGUGGAGGUGCACAGACCCAACGCAGAACCCGACGUGAACGAGAUCAGACCGCUUCCUCAGAGCAGAGGAGCCGCUCUGUCUCAGCUGUCGGACAGCGGACAGACCCUGAGCGAGGACAGCGGCGUGGACGCCGGCGAAUCAGGACACAUGAGCAAGGACAGCAGCCCCCGUUCUGCCCGCACCCGACCUUUAAGAGAGGGCACAGGGGGCGGGGAGGGGAACGCUGUCAAACCGCCUGGUCUGCUGGAGCCCACGUCUGUUCUGGUGAGGGUACCGAAAAGCGCAAGUACCCUGGGCAUCGCGAUAGAGGGCGGAGCCAACACACGCCAGCCCCUGCCACGCAUCGUGACCAUACAGAGAGGAGGUUCAGCUCAUAAUUGUGGGGAGCUGAAGGUGGGCCAGGUGAUUUUGGAAGUAAACGGGAUCUCUCUGAGGGGGCGUGAGCACCGGGAAGCGGCGUGUCUAAUCGCUGAAGCCUUUAAGACCAAAGAGAAGGACUACAUUGACUUCCUAAUCACAGAGUUCAACAUUUCACUGUAGGAGCUUUGGGACACAAGCAGAGAAAAGAUGCCAUCACCAAUUCCCAAAAGUUCCUAAUCUGUUAUCGAGCAGUCCCGUGAAGCAGACUGAUGCUGCAAAGAAGCACUUUUUGGUGAAUCCCAGCUUUGUCCUGUUGAACAUGGCAUUCUGAAACUAGCUGUGAGGAGUGGACGUCAGCAGCAGUAGAGAGGAAGCGAAUCGGGUAAUUGGAUACGACUAGAUUGGGAAUGGCUUUUCAUAAGGAGAACAUUUCUGUCAGGGAAGAAAGGAUUUCACAUUUGAGGUAAACAAGAAGCUGCUGGAACACAGGUGACAUUGUCUACAGUCAAGCAAGCUUUGCUUCGACUUCUAGGCUGCCAUACAUGGCCUACAGUUUUAAAACAGGGCUUCAUUCUUGUGCUACAGUAACCGGCUGUGGACAGUGUCAUGUGUCCCAGAAGCUUCUGAUUCAAGGCUAGCCUGUGUUUUGGUGGUUCUUGGAUCUACCGCCCAUGUAGUGACAGUUUUUCAAACCAUUGGCACUGUUCAUGUCCACUGUAGGGCCAGUAUGCUGUAAACUAUGUAGACACCUCUCUUCAUUAUAGAUCUGAGAUGUACUUAGGUUGUAUAAGAUGAAUUAAAUGAAAUAAAUUAUAUGCUUCCA